UGAGGCCGGAUCAGUAAGGCAGAGACCAUCGGUCUGGUCAGAUCAACAACGGAUCAGGACUCCAUAACAGACAAGAGAGAGAGAAAGAGGGCUCGCGAUCGCGUUCAAUAGUUGCUUACAAGUUUUCGAACCUCCUUUUUGGUAAAAUCGUCGAGCGCACAUGUGAAAAAAUCCGCGAGUUAAUCUUCCGCGUUGUUGUUUCAAGUGGGGCUCCUCCUUGAGAGAGGCGAAACGAAUAAAAAAAGGUGAAGAGAUAUCUAAGUAGUUUGAGGGCGCAAGUGGCCCCUCGCGCGAAUUGGCAGCCGUCUGUCGAACACCAAAUUGUUUGGAGUGCAAUUUCACAAUCCGCCGAGCGUUGCAGCAGCAAUAAAGGUUUUAUUUAAAGUGGUUUGUUGCACUUUAUAGAGUGUUGUUGUUGAAGUGUUUAGAAAUAAUUGUGGUUCAAUUGGUCUUUCGUCACGAUCGAUUAGCGGUGAGAUCUUGUGAGAGGUCAGUUUGGCAAAUCAGGGGUCUGCCUGACCUUAGAGAAACAAAUUCGCGCUAGUCAAAGAGAGAUCAAUCUCCCGGCAUGGCUAGAUCAAAGUAUAGCUCACUGCUGCAAGUGGUUGUGGUCCUAGUGAUUGUAGUGAUUAGUGCCAGCAUCAGUGCAGCAACGUAUCAACGUUCCGACAGUGAUUAUAGUGAAACUUCUAGUCAACAACAGUCAACAUCAACAGUUCAGCAUCAAGCUCACCGGCAUCGUAAUCAUCAUCAUAGGAAACACCACCAUUCUUCCCAGCAUCGAUUGAACUCGGUGUCCUUAGGCCCUCGAAACGCCUCCUCCUCCUCACUAAUUGUCGCCGGUAGCACCGGAAACAUUUUUCCAACCUACAAUUACCAUCAGCAGCAGCCCUACAACAACCAUCAUCAGGGUAGUAACACUUGGUUCUCGAGGGCAAACAACCCCCAGCAGCAGCAUCAUCCGGUCAAUAGGAGGCAGGAUCAGCAGCCUCCGACUCCGAGCUUCCGGUGGAAUGUACCAAGUAGUAGUUCCACUUCGCAACCAACUCCCACCCGAAGAUUGCAUCCGCAGCAGCAUCAUGCAAGCGGGAGUGGUCCAGUUAGGCCGGUGAAACGAAUGCUGAAGCAUAACCAUCACAACCGGAACGUCACAGGCAAAAACGUGUGCCACGAGAAGCGAAUCGUGCAUAUUCCCGUGUACCGAAAAUCCACCGUGAAGCACUUUGUCCAACCCUGUCUGGAUCAGAAGCUGUGCACAGGUGUGAGGACGAAUUACGAACCGACUUAUCAUCCGGUUAAGCGAGAAGUGCCAAUCUGCUGCGAAGGUUGGGAAACUACGACCACAGUUGAGGAGGGAUGUCUGAAACCAAUUUGUCGAAGCGAGUGCCGUAAUGGAGGUCGCUGUACGGGUCCGGACAGUUGCACCUGCCAGCCAGGCUUCACCGGGAGAUUCUGCGAGGAAGACCUAAACGAAUGUAAGCUGUACAAACCCUGUGAUCAGACGUGCUACAAUACAGAGGGAUCCUACUACUGUACCUGCCGGGAGGGAUUUGUGCUACAGGCUGAUCGGCAGAGCUGUAAACCGAUGAAUACUCCCAACGAUAUCGCCAGUGAAGCUCGCGAUAUGGAGAACGAUGUCGAUUACGACAGUCUGGAUACGCGGUUAGCUAAGCUAGAGAAGAUAAUCUUCGACGAGGAUCGUCGAUCGAGGGCCGAUUCCCACGAGCUCGGUCGCAAGGUCCAGUACGCUCUGGAUGCGGUUUCCUCGCUGCGAUCUCAGGUUUCUCGAUUGACACAGAGGCUAUACCCCAGUGUGGAUUACGGGAAUCGGAUCAACUGAAGUUAGGACGACAUCUACAUUAUACGAAAGGGAAUUGAAUCCCCCCUGGAUCAGGAAAGCUGUUGUCACCAAUCGGCUGAUAUGUAUUUAUUUUAGUUAGAGUCUAGCUGUAUCAGUGAAUGUUUAUUAAGUGUUACGAUUUUGCCACCCAAGGGAGUGUGUCAUCAUAUAGGUACUUAGUGUCAUAUUGCAUAGCCCAGGUGAAUAAUUACCAAGAAAUCUUACUGCCGACGACGGAAAAAACUGCCAUCAAACCACACACAAAAACGAAAGAAAAGAAAACAAAUCACAAUUUUAAGGUAUGUCAUUUUUAAUCACUUUUUUGGAUUAAAAACUAAAUACACAUUGGGGGUUGCCUAUAUUUAUUGUCCUUACUAAGCUAAGAGCAAAUACAACUUAGAUCAAACGAAGGAAGAAUAAAUGUGUAAAUUGUCCCACUCGAAAAGAAAAAAAAUCAACAUAAAAUGUGUU